AGACAGCGCGUUCUACACCACGGAGUCGGAAAAGUGGUUUAAGCUCUCUCAGGCUUUCCACAAACCCCGGAGCGUAAUCGUUUGUGAUCCUGGUUCUCCAGCGCGUCUCCAGUUUGAGAGAGAGUUCAGAGACAGGUCAUCUGCCCUGCUGACCCCGUAAAUGCUAUGAGUACCCAGCCGAGGAGGAUCCGUCUGAAGCCGUGGCUGCUGGCUCAGGUGAACAGUGGGAAAUACCCCGGCCUCAGCUGGCUCAAUAAGGAGUGUCGGCUGUUUCAGAUCCCCUGGAGACACGCCACGCGCCACCUGCCCACCCCCGAGGAGGAGAACACCAUAUUCAAGGCCUGGGCGCUGGAGACAGGGAAGUACCAGGAGGGUGUGGAUGAGCCCGACCCGGCCAAGUGGAAGGCCAACCUGCGAUGCGCGCUGAACAAGAGCCGGGAGUUCAUGCUGAAGUACGACGGCACCAAAGAGACUCCGAUGCAGCCGUUCAAGAUUUAUGAGGUUUGCGACCUGCAGGGGAACGGAGAGGAGUGUGAAGACGAUGAAGAGCUACCAAACUUUGCACACCUCUCCAUCAAUCCUUGUACCAUCGAGCCUCCCAGCUACCCCGGAUUCCAACCCGCCAACCCGGCGUUCCUUCUGCCCAGCAUGCCACCUGCCUUUCCUGACCACAGCCAUGUAGCUUCUGCUGUGAAACAGGAGGAUCGCAGACUCGGGGAAGCUCUUCCAAAUGGAUGUGGUCUGAACACCGGGGUCAUAGCACCAUCUGCUGUCCCCCACUCGGCUGACAUGCCAGACACCAUGGUGGACAGUCCCAUGCCAGAGGUGAGGCCUGAAGCAGAGAGCCAAAUGCAGCCAUGCAUCUCUGACCUGCUGAGCAGCCCUCAUAUGCUCCCCCUAACGGACCUCGACAUUAAGUUCCUGUACCGCGGUCGCACCAUGGGCUCCAUGACCGUGAGUAAUCCACAGGGCUGUCGGCUUUAUUCUGGGAAUUUGGCCCCGACACCGGAGCAAGUGGAGCUGUUCGGGCCCAUCACUCUGCACCAGGUGCUGUUCCCUGGCUCUGCUGAGAUCCAGAAUGAGAAGCAGCGCUUCUACACCGAACAUCUGCUGGACGUGAUGGACCGUGGCCUCAUCCUGGAGAUCCAAGGCCAGGACAUCUACGCCGUGCGCUUGUGCCAGUGCAAAGUGUUCUGGUCCGGGCCGGGCGUGCCAGAGGAGGGCCGGCCGAACCCGAUGGAGAGAGAGCGCAAGAUCAACGUGUUCAGUCUCAAUAACUUCCUGCAGGGUCUCAUCAUGUACCAGAAGGGCGAGGUGCCGACUCCCCCACCAUUUGAAAUUUACUUUUGCUUUGGAGAGGAUUGGCCUGACAGAAAGCCCAAAGAGAAGAAGCUGAUAAUUGUCCAGGUCGUGCCUGUAGUGGCGAGGAUCCUGACCGAGAUGUUCUCCGGCGAGCUCUCGUGGUCCACAGAGAGUAUCCGCCUCGAGAUCUCCAAUCCUGAUCUGAAAGACCAGACAGUCGAGCAUUUUAAAGAGCUCCACAAACUCUUACAAAACCAGCACGGCCACGCCCCAUGGCCCGGGACCCUCCACUAACACUGGAUACUCAGUCACGGCCAUCAGGUGACCCAGCUGAGGAGGAAUGCAGCAGCACUGAACCGGUUUAAAGGCAUGCGUUUUGGAUCAGGUCCAUGUGCAUGCGACACAGUAUCGAUGUGGGGCAUCACUUCAUUUGUUAAACAUUUAUCCUGGUUCUUGAAACGAAUGUUCCGCACUCAGAUUUGCUUACUUGAGCUCUAGGUAGUGGGGGGGCUGUUCAGGGAAUAAUACUGAAAUAAUGUUUACAACCCACAGUGCAUUGCAGCUUGCAUGAUGUGCCAAGUGACUGAUGUUCUUCACCACCACAGUUCUCGAAUACUAAACCGUUGUGUUCUCUACAUAAGGCCAUAAGAGUUCAAAGGAAGAAUGAUGAUAAAAAUGUCGAAUGAUUUUGUAGUUGAAAUACAUUUCCACUCGUCCCCUUUGUUUCCAAUCCUGUAUUUACUUCUACUUCUGUAUUAACAUUUAAAAUACAAAUAACUACAUUUGGACCAUCGGGGCUGAUUUAAUUGUUGUUGCAUAAACCUGUUUUGUACGAAAAUGUUUUAUUUUAACUUUGCAUGUUUCAAUAAAUAACAGUUCUGGACUA